AUGAAUUCAAAAAGUGCACUUUAAAGUGCAAAACCAACAAACAUCAAGCAACUGCAAAUGCUCUAGUUGCUAGUAGAGAGAGUGUACAUCCCAUUAGAAUCCAAAGUCGAAUUGAGGACCACUCUCCAGAAGUUCACAAGCCAAAUCGAGCAUUCGAGCCAACAGGUACCAAUAUUACUCAAACAUAUAGGUUUCUGGUACCAUCACAAUUGAGCUACCAGAAGUUGUCGAUUAAGUCGAUGAUGAAACUGCUGUGAAGAAUUAUGAACUUAUGGAAAAGUACGAAGAAUAUAUCGGAAAAUGGUCGCAAACUAUCCGACAGACCAUAUUGAAGGAGGCUAGUCGAAAAACAGAGAAGAAUUCCGCCUUGGCCGAUAUCAUGUUGUGGAGAUCUAGAUCGGCAAAUUUGAGUACUUUGUAUUAACAAUUGGUAUGUGCACUUCAUUACCCUAUCAUAGUAAAACCCCAUCGUUGCCAAGGUGAGAUAGAGAUUGCAAACCUAUUUAGAAGACAACCAGUCAGCAGUCUUGGAAUUCAAUGGUCAAUUUGCAGAGUUAACCAAGGCUCAGGCUGAAGCCAAAGACAACGUUAAAUUUCUAACUACUCUUGAAAGACAAUUCAAGAAUCUUGACUAGGAUGGAUUGAAUGGAAUCAAAGAGACAUUGCCUUCACUCAUGAAUGGACUCAAGAUGGUCUGGAUCAUCUCUCGCCAUUACAAAGAAGGAGACAAGAUGUAGAACCUGCUGCAAUUGAUUUCCGAGGAAAUAGCCGAUAAGGUGGAAUCCCAAAUUAAAAUCCCCUAAUUAUUCACUCUGAGAGAUGACUUACCCUAUGAACAACAAUUGGAAGCAAGCAUCAAUUUAAUUAUGCAGGGAUCGGAAAUUCUCAAGUCUUGGAAGGAUCUCUAUCACAAAACUAAAUUAGCCAUUGAAGAAGAGAACCUUGAUCGUUGGGACUUCACAGUCAGAACUAUUCAAGAGAGAAUCGAGUAUAUGGCUAACAGAUUGGAUGAGUUGAGGAAGGUAAUCGAUACAGUGAGAAAAUUCCUAGUGUUUUUGGGACCAAAUUUGAAAAAGGUCACAGGAAACGCUUAAGAAAUUGAUAAAAGGAUAGAGGAUGUCAAAUAAUUGAUUACUCCCAUUGUCAAUAGUCCUUACAAUUUCUUCUAAAAGCAGAAUGCUGGGCAAUGGAAAACCAUCUAUUAAAAAUUCUAAGAGAAUUAAAAGUUAAUCGUUGGGAAAACUAUUGAUUUAAUCGAUGAAACCUUUAAAUCCUUGAGAUCUGCAGAAGGAGCUUUUGAUUUGUUGUAAAACUUCAAAAGUAUCGACACAUUAGAGGACAUCAGUACAACUUUACAGAAGAAGUAUCAGGAAGUGUUGUUCUAAUAUAAGAAUGAGUUAAAGCAGAAUCAAGGUCUAUUUGAAAAGGGACAGUAGGCCACUGAUGUUUCUUUGAUAUCAUCCAAAAAUCGUCCGCCUGUUGCAGGAUCGAUAAGUUGGGCAAGAUCGAUAUUUUACAGAAUCAAAAGACCUGUUCUUAAAUUCAUUACAAGAGAAGAGACCUUUAUCGAAAAGAAGGACGAACAAGACAAACAAGAAAACAAAGAGAGUAAGAAUCCCAAAAAUUUGGGGUCGUAAUAUAAUGAAGCCAAAAAUGAAUACAGAACCUUGGCGAAGAAGCUGGAUCAAUUCCAAAAGGAUAAGUUUGAAAGUUGGGAGAAAUCCAUUACAGAAAAAGCCUUGCAAUAUCAAAAAAAUAGGAUUUUAACCAAACAUGAACAACCCAAGGAAGAAGGAAGUUGGAAUCGUCGAUACACAGUGUUCUUUUAAGAUGAGUUUAAGACCUUAAUUAAGGAAACAAAGCAACUUGAAAAAAUGGGAUAUAAAAUCAAUUAGACAACCAUCAACAUUUCAAAAUUAGAGAAAGAAUUCUAUGGUUACAUCGAUAGAUUGUAGAUUAUGUUGAGAGAAUACGACGAGGCUGUUCACACCUUACAGCCAAUUGAAAAGGAAUUGUUGAAAGAGAAGAUCAUGAAAUUAAACAGGGCCUUGGAACCUGGACAUGAAUCUUUGAAUUUGGCAUCUUUGGGCAUUCCAGAUUUCAUUGACAAUUGCCUUAAAGCAAUUAAUGAAUUCAGGGAUAUUAAGAAGAAAGUGAGAAAAUCUACAGGAAUGAUUGAGGACAUAGUGAAAUCAAUUGAAGAAGCUCAGAUUUUAAGAGAGUAUGAUUUUGAGACAAGAAAGGAAAAUGCCUCUUUGCCCUAAUUGAACGAAUUCUAAAGUUACUUCGAAGAACAUCUAAAUAAAACAAUAGAGGAAUUGGUGGAGAAAUACAAGUUGGUGGGUGAUAAUUUCCUGAGGAAUAUUGAGGAAUCAAUUUUCAAUAGUUCAUCAAAAGGGGAACCUCGAAUGAGGGAAUAUUAUUACUAUUGGGAAAGAAGAAUAUACAAUGCUUUGGUGAAAAUGACUCUGAGAGGAUUCUUAACCUUCAAAAAUCUAUUGUAACAACCAAGUGGUAAAUAAGUGCCAUUAUUUUAAAUCACUGCAGAGUAUAAUCAUCCGCAAUUGAAUACUAUUCCUCCCAUUCCUGAGGUGACUACUGUCUUGGAAAAGAUUUCAACAAGCAUUAAAGAGGCCUCACAAGGAUUUUGGAGAUGGAUGGAUGGAUAUUGUAUCUUCUGUGAAAAGAAGUAGAGUCGAAGUGCCAACGAAGAAAUCUAGUAUCACACUUUCUAUAGCUAAAUUAUAAGGAAUCCUAUCAUUACUCGUAUUGCCAUGUAGAUUGGUAUUAUAAGGGAGAAGGCAAGUGAUAAAGUGAAUAACUUUAAGGAGAUGUGGGAGGAUGAUAAAAAGAAGCCUCUGUGGGAUUAAAAGGCUAAGCAUGCCGUCGAGAAAAUAAUUGACAAAAACCCGACGACUCUGUCCUUGGAAAUAAAGAUGAGUUAGUACAAGGGUUUGAUUUAAGAUUUCGAAGAGUACCCUAGAGAGAGAAAAGCCUUCUUUAUUUCUGAGUAUUUUGGAAAUGUCAUUGAAAGCUUCAAGGCUCAGGCUAAGGAUUGGAUGGAUAAACAUGGUAUCGUAUUAAAGACUCUGGGCAUGAGAGAGUUAGAAGCAAUUAAAAAGGAGAUUGAUGAUUAUAGAGAACAACUGAUGGUGCAGCCAAAGGAUAUUGAAGAUCUAAAGAAGCUUUUGAAUUUAAUUUAGGAGAUCAAGAACAUGACCAUGAAUAUGGAAUUUAAGAUGGGUGAUGUAACCGAAAGGUUUAGAACUCUGAAAAUGUAUUAGCAAAAUGUAGAGUAGGAGAAGUUGGAAGAGGCAUUUUCAUUGAAUGAUAGAUGGAAUGAAUUGGUUAAUCAUGCAAAGAAGAAGGAUUCCAAAUUAGUUGAAAAGAAAAAGGAAUUUGCUGAAGUGACAAAAAAAGAAGUAGAGCAAUUUAAGGAAAACAUUAAAUUACUCUAUAAAGAUUUUAAGGCAAGUGGUCCAGGUGCUGAUAGUACUUCCUUGGACAAAGGUUUGGAAUCUCUACAAGAAUACAAGACAGUUGUUUCUGAGUUGAAUGCAAGGAGGGAAGAAUUGGUCAAGGCAGAGAAGCUAUUCAACUUACCCAUCUCUUCAUUCCCUGAAUUGGUUGCAAUUGAAGAGGAGAAUAAGGUUCUAUCUGUUUUGUAUGAUUGCUAUAGAACAGUGAAAAAUUAGAUUCAAGAGUGGUCAGUCAUGCUUUGGGUUAAGUUAGAUGCCGAUUUACUGAAGAAUGGAGCUGAUAACUUUGACAAACAAAAGAAGAAGUUGGCAAAACAAUAUGAGAAGAAUACUGUGUAUGAGAAAUUAGCAAAGAAGAUUACUGAUUUCAAAGAUUCAAUUCCUCUGAUUUAAUAAUUGAAGAGUGGAGCUAUUACAGACAGACAUUGGGAGAAGUUGAUGAAGGAAACUGGAGUUAAAUUCGAGACUUCCAUCAAGAGUAUGACUUUAGAAUAAGUGUUUGCUUUGAAUUUGGCAAGAUUCCCAGAGAAGGUUACUGAAAUUUGCACAGAAGCCAAUCAAGAACAUAAGAAUGAAGAGGAAAUCAGCAAAAUUGAAUAGGCUUGGAAGACUGCAAGCUUUAUAAUUGACAAAGAUAAGAAAGGGUAUUAAGUCAUAAAGACAGUUGAUGAGAUUAAAUAGUUGUUGGAAGAUCAAUUGGCCAAUUUAUAGACAGUGUCAAGUAGUAAGUAUGUUGCCGCCUUCAUUUCACGUAUCAGACAUUGGGAGUAAGCAUUAAAUAGAAUAAGUGAAGUGAUUGAUGUUUGGCUGUAGGUCUAGAAGAAAUGGCAGGAUUUAGAAGGUAUUUUUAUGGGAUCCGAGGAUAUCAGACAAUAAUUGAGAGAAGAUUCAAAGAAGUUUGAUUAAAACGAUAAAGCAUAUAAAAAGAUAAUGGAGCAAACUGCAAAGAACCCAAAUAUCUAUGCAAGUUGUGUUGUCAAUGAUGGUAGACUCAGUGAAUUGAAAGCAUUGUCUGAUUAAUUGGAUAAGAGAUAGAAGUCCUUAUCAGACUAUUUAGAUACAAAGAGGAAUGUGUUCCCAAGGUUUUAUUUCUUGUCAGAUGAUGAUUUGUUAUCGAUUUUGGGAUCAAGUGAUGUAUCAGCUGUCUAACCACACACAUUGAAAUUGUUUGAUAAUUGUAGAGAAAUGUUGCUUUCUAGAAAUAAAAUGGUCAUUGGUAUGGCAUCUGAUGAAUCUGAGGAGUUUUCUUAUAAAGAACCAUAAAAAACUGAUGGCCCAGUCGAAUUAUGGAUGACAAGAGUUGAUGAGGAAAUGCAGUCAACACUGAAGAAGAUGACAAAGGAGGCUACAUUCCAUUAUGCUAACAAAGAGAGAGUGCCUUGGAUUCUGAGUCAAAUUGGUAUGAUAUCCAUUGCAGGCACAUAAGUUUGGUGGACAUGGAGAGUAGAAGAUGUGUUUAGAAAGGUUAAGGAGGGUAAUAAGUACGCCAUGAAAGAUGAGUUAAAGAAGCAAACGAAGGACCUCGAUGAUUUAAUUGAUUUGGUCAGAACAGAUCUCAAAAUGAUCGAUCGUAUUAAGAUCAAUACUUUAAUUAUUGUUGAUGUUCAUGCCAGAGACAUUGUCGACUUCUUUGUGAAAGAUUCAAUAUUGGAUGCUAAGGAAUUUGAAUGGGAAUCCCAAUUAAGAUUUUAUUGGGUAUUGGAAGAGAAUGACAUAAGAAUUAGACAAUGUACAGGUACUUUCACUUAUGGAUACGAAUAUCAAGGAUUGAAUGGAAGACUAGUUAUUACUCCUUUGACUGAUAGAUGUGUUAUGACAUUGACAACUGCAUUGACAUUCAAAUUGGGAGGUGCACCUGCUGGACCUGCAGGUACUGGUAAGACAGAAACUGUUAAGGAUCUUGCAAAGUCAUUAGCCAUAAGAUGUUGCGUGACAAAUUGUGGUGAAGGUUUAGAUUACAAAGCAAUGGGAGUUAUCUUUAGUGGUCUGGUUCAGACAGGAUUUUGGGGAUGUUUUGAUGAAUUCAAUAGAAUUACAGCUGAAGUGCUGAGUGUUGUGAGUGUUUAGAUCAAGACAAUACAGUAAGCAUUGGUUUAAGAGAAGAAGACCAUUGAAUUGUUAAAGAAGGAAGUCCAAGUCAAAACAACAGUAGGAAUAUUCGUGACUAUGAAUCCAGGAUAUGCUGGUAGAACUGAAUUGCCUGAUAACUUAAAGGCUCUAUUUAGACCAGUUGUUAUGGUUGUUCCAGAUUCAAAUAUCAUUUGCGAAAUCAUGUUGAUGAGUUAGGGAUUCAAUUCGGCCAGAGUUCUAGCCAAAAAGAUGACAGUGCUUUACAAGUUGGGUAGUGAGUAAUUGAGUAAACAAUACCAUUAUGAUUUCGGUUUGAGAGCUUUGAAGAGUGUGUUGGUCAUGGCAGGUUCUCUGAAAAGAGAGGCAUCUGAUCUACCUGAAGAUACUGUUUUGAUGAGAGCACUUAGAGAUAUGAAUAUGCCUAAAUUCAUUUUUGAGGAUGUUCCCUUGUUUUAAGGAUUGAUCACAGAUUUAUUCCCUAAAAUCGAUGUUAAGAGAAAACCAUAUGAGAAGAAGGAUAAAAUCUAGGAGAUUGUUGAACAAUUAGGAUAUCGACCUUUGGAUGAUUAAAUUGACAAAGUGGUUCAAUUGUAUGAAACCAUGUUGACUAGACACACAACAAUGGUUGUUGGACCAACUGGAUCUGGAAAAUCAGCUGUUAUUGAAAUCUUGAAAAGAGUGGAAAGUGCUACUUAUUAUUGCAUCAAUCCUAAAUCAAUCACAGUUAAUGAAUUAUAUGGUGUCAUGGAAAUGACAACCAGAGAAUGGAAGGAUGGAAUUUUGAGUAAGAUUUUCAGAAUCGCUAAUGAAAAGCCAUCUGGUUAACAAGAAGUGCAUUAGAGAUGGAUUCUAUUGGAUGGUGAUGUUGAUGCAGUUUGGGUUGAAAAUAUGAAUUCUGUCAUGGAUGAUAACAAAUUAUUAACUCUUAUCAAUGGAGAUCGUAUUCGUCUGGAGAGAUUUUGUAAAUUGUUAUUCGAAGUGUUCGAUCUUUAAUAUGCAUCACCUGCUACUAUUAGUAGAUGUGGUAUGGUCUACGUGGAUCCAAAAAAUCUAGGAUUCAAACCAUUCUAUGAUAAAUGGUUAUCAAAAUGGUAAAAGAAAGGAGAUAAAGCAGAAGGUUUGAAAUAAAACUUGGAAGAGUUUUAUUCUAAAUAUAUACCUCCUUUGAUGAAUCUGAUAUUUGAGGGUAUUGAUGGAGAAGAAUAAGGUCAUGUUUUAGAAUUUUCCAUUCCCAGAACAAAUUUAAAUUGCAUCACUUAAUUGACCAAAAUGUUAGACACAAUUAUUAAUGAAGAAGAUCCAUAAUUUGAAUAAGAAAAUCUAGAAUUAGCCUACAUCUUCGCAAUAGUGUGGUCACUUGGUGCAUGCUUAAAGUUUGAUGCUCGUAAGAAGUUCGAAGAAGUAUUAAGAAGAGUUGCAUAAAGACACAUUCCUCCUGGCUCAUUGUUUGAUCUCUUCUUCGAUUAUACUCAGGACAAUAAGGCUUGGGUUGCUUGGGAAAAGAAGGUGACUGAGUAUUAACCACCUCCUGAUGGGAAGUUCUCAAAAAUCCUGGUUCCAACUGUGGAUACCAAGAGAUUCUCAUAUCUUCUAGGAUAGAAUAUCACUCAUAAAUAACCAUGCAUGUUCGUGGGAGAUAGUGGUACUGCCAAAUCAGUCAUUAUCACAAAUUAUUUGAAUUCUUUGCCAUCUGAAAACUACAUGAAAUUGAAUAUCAACUUCUCAUCCAGAACUAAAUCAAUAGAUGUGUAAACUGCUUUAGAUGAAAAUAUUGAUAAGAGAUCUGGUCGUAUUUUUGGUCCCAAGAUUGCAGGUAAAAAACUCAUCAUAUUCAUUGAUGAUAUCCAUAUGCCUAAAGUUGAUAUCUAUGGUACAUAAUAACCUAUUGCUUGGUUGAAAUUCUUGAUUGAAAAAGGAUUCUGCUAUGAACGAGGUCAAAACCUGGAUCAAAAGAUUAUCAAAGACACCCAAUUUGUGGCUGCAGUUCUACCACCGAAUGUUGGUGCCAAUCCACUUGAUCCAAGAUUCUUGAGUUUGUUCAAUUGUUAUCAAUUACUCUUCCCAUCCAAUGAAAACUUAGAGAGAAUUUACAACUCUAUUCUGAAAUCACAUCUAUAAGGAUUCCCUGAAGAAGUGUCAUCCACUGUUGCUAAAAUUACCUAAGCCACCUUACAAAUUUACAAUGCCAUUGUAGUCCAAUUGCCUCGUACUCCAGUCAAGUUCCAUUACAUUUUCAACUUGAGAGAUCUAAGCAGAAUCUACGAGGGAUUGUGUAGAAGCACACUUGACAAGUUCUAAACAAAGGAGUCCUUCAUUAGACUGUGGAGAAAUGAAGUAACUCGAGUCUUUGUGGACCGUCUGAUUAAUGACUAGGAUCGAGACCUAAUUACUGUAGACAAAAUUCCAAGUUUGAUUAGAGAGCACUUUAGUGAUACAAUUGAUUAUGCAAUCUAAGAUCCCAUGCUAUUUGGUGAUUAUCUAACUGCUAAUCCCCUUGACCCAGAUGUGGUCGAUCCUAAACUAUAUGAAGAUUGUGGGGGAUUUGAAAAGGUUGGUUAGAAGUUCAACUCUUUGUUGUAAGAUUAUAAUGAAGAAGUCAAGGAGAUGAAUCUUGUAUUGUUUAAAGAUGCCUUGGAACACUUAACUAAAAUUCACAGAAUAAUCAGAUUCCCAUUAGGACAUGCCUUACUUGUAGGUUACGGUGGUAGUGGUAAAUAAUCCUUGACUAGAUUGAGUGCAUUUACUGCUAGUUAUGAUAUCUUCUAAAUUACUUUAACAAGAGGAUAUAAGGAGAAGGAAUUCAGAGAAGACUUGAAGACUUUGUAUGAUCUUUUGACAUAGAAACCGACAAUUUUCUUGUUUACUGAUGCUCAUGUUUUGGAGGAAGGCUUCUUGGAGUUGAUUAACAAUAUGCUUACAAUAGGAAUGGUGCCAGCUCUUUUCGAUGAGGAUGGCAAGAAGAAGAUGAGUGACAAGGUGAGAGAUGAGGCAAAGAGAAAAGGAAUUCUGGAAACAAAGGAUGAGUUGUGGAAUUAUUUCCUUGAAAAGAUUAGAGACAACAUGCACAUUGUUUUGUGUAUGAGUCCAGCUGGAGACACUUUGAGAAUUAGAUGUCGUAACUUCCCAGGCUUGGUUAGUAAUACUCAGAUUAAUUGGUUCUUCCCUUGGCCUGAAGAGGCUUUGGUCAGUGUGGCUACUGAGUAUUUGAAGGAGGAGAACUUAGAGGAGGAAACAUUCAGACCCAAGAUUAUUCAGCAUAUCACCAAAGUUCAUGAGAGCAUCUAAAUGUUUUCAAGAGAUUUCGAAUUACAAUUGAGGAGAAAGAAUUUCAGUACUCCCAAGAAUUAUUUGGACUUCUUAUCCAAUUACAAACGAUUAUUGGCUGUGAAUAGAAAGAAAUAUUAGGAUCUUAUUGUGAGAUACACUAAUGGUGUUCAGAAGUUGGAUGAGGCAUCUGAUUAAGUGAAGGUCUUGCAAGAGGAAUUAGAAAUCAAGAAAGUGGAAGUGACAAGUGAAAGCAAGGAAGUUGAGGAUUUGCUCAAAACCAUUAAUGGCAAGAAGGAGAUAGCCACAAAGGAUAAUGAAGAGGCUUCGAUAAAGAAGAAGAAGUUGGAGGUAGACAGUGUGGAAAUCAAUCAAAAGUAAGCGGAAGCUGAUUAAAUUCUUAAAGAGGCCAUUCCUAUUUUAGAGUCUGCAAAGGAUGCUCUUAAUAAGAUUGAUUAAAAGGAGUUGGUUGAAUUGAAAGCAUUAAAUUCCCCACCUAAACCAGUUGGAGCAGUUGCAUCGAUGUUGCUCAUCUUCAAACCAAUAGAUGGUAUUGAAGGAGAUGGCUGGAAUGCUGCCAGAUAGAUGAUGAAUAAUCCAAUGAAAUUGCUAGAAUAGUUGUAGAAUUAUGGUAAUAAGAUUGGAAAGGUGACAAGGAAUUAGGUUGAAAAAAUUAGAAGUGCCAUGAGAGAUCCAGAGAAUCGUUUAGAUGAAAUAUUGAAGAUUUCAAAAGCUGCAAGUGGUCUCUAUACAUGGGUAACAGCUACAGUCAAUUUCUAUGAUGUGUAUAAGAAAGUGGAACCACUUAAGUCACGUUUGGAGGCCAUGACCAAGUAAAAGGAGGCCACUGAAGAAGACUUGAGAAACACUGCUAUUAAAUUGGAGGCUUUGUAAAAGGAAGUGGCUGAGUUACAAGUACAAAGUGACUAAAAGGCUGCAAGAUUAGCUGAAUUGACUGCUCAAGCAUAAGAAAUGGAAAAGAAAUUGAAUGCUGCAAAGAAAUUGAUUGAAGGUUUGGGAGGUGAGAAGAAAAGAUGGACAGAAGACACUGGUAAAUUGGCAUAAAUGACUAAGUAAUUGAUUGGAGAUUGUUUGAUUGCCAGUUCUUUUCUGAGUUACGUGGGCCCAUUCGAUUAUUCAUUCAGAAGAAGAAUGCUUUACGAUCAUUGGAUGGUUGACAUCAAAGAGAAAGAAUUGCCCAUGAAUCCAGAAUUCAAAUUCGAAGAAUUGUUGAGUAGUGCAGUAGAAAUAUCUUAAUGGAAUUCUGAAGGAUUGCCAUCUGAUGAAUUAUCAGUUUAGAAUGGUAUCCUCACUACCAGGGCAUCAAGAUGGCCUUUGUGUAUUGAUCCACAACUAUAGGCUGUGAAUUGGAUCAAGAAAAGGGAAGAGAAGGACAUAGCCUUCAAGGUUCUGAAUUUGAAUGAAGGAGCAGGUGUGUUUUUGAAACCUUUAGAAAAUUGUAUCAGAUAUGGUAAACCCUUUUUAUUUGAGAAUGUCGACGAAGAAUUGGAUCCAACCAUUGAUCCAAUUUUAGAAAAGAACUUCAUUAUCAAGGCAGGCAUGAAGAGUAUCAAAUUGGGCGAGAACACUAUUGACUAUAAUGAUGAUUUUAGAUUGUAUUUCACAACUAAAUUGGCCAAUCCAAAAUACACUCCAGAGAUUAUGUCAAAGACCAUGGUUAUUAAUUACACAGUCACUUUAACUGGAUUGAGAGAUCAACUAUUAAACGUGGUUGUCUCAUUUGAAAGACCAGACAAGGAGAAACAAAGAUUAGAACUUAUCUAGAGCAUGAGUGAAAACAAGAAAAAGUUGAAGGAAGCAGAAGAUGACUUAUUACAAAGAUUAUCAGAAGCUUAAGGAUCUUUGUUGGAUAAUGUGUAAUUGAUUAACACCCUAGAUCAAACAAAGGCAAAGUCAGAAGAAAUUCAAUAAGCAAUCAAUGAUGGAUAGAUUACAAGUCAAGAAAUUGAACAAGCAAGAUAAAGUUAUACUACUGUGGCUAAGAGAGGAGCCAUCCUGUUCUUUGCCAUGAGUUCAUUAAGUUCGAUCUCAGAAAUGUACGAAUAUUCUCUAAGUGCUUAUUUGCAAGUGUUCAAUCAAUCUUUGAGAGAUGCUAGAAAAGACACUAUCUUGGAGUCAAGAUUGAGGAAUAUCAUUGACAAAUUAACAAGUAAUGUUUAUGAUUACACUUGUUUGGGUAUAUUUGAAAUCCAUAAGUUGAUGUUUGCCUUCUAAAUGACUAUUAUGAUUUAAGAUGGAGAGAAAUUAUUAAAUCAUGAGGAAUUGGAUUUCUUCUUGAAAGGAAACACCUCACUUGAAUAAGUCUAGAGAUAGAAACCAUAUGAAUGGGUGCCUGAUUCUGGUUGGAAGGAUAUUAUGAGAUUGAUGCAAUUGGCUGAUAUCUAUAGAUUAUUGGCAGAUGAUUUAGAAAAGCAUGGCAAGGAGUGGAAGAAAUGGUACGACCAUGAAAGACCUGAAUUAGAAACCUUGCCUGAAGGAUACACUAAAUUGAACUCAUUCUAAAUCCUAUUGUUAUUGAGAGUCUUUAGACCUGAUCGUGUUAUCAACGGAGUCAAAAAGUACAUUCAAGAUAUCUAUGGAAAUUCCAAUUAUGUGCAACCACCCAUCAUCAAUUAUGAAAAGAUAUUCGAUUAAUCCAAUGAGAAAUCACCCAUUGUAUUUAUUCUCUCCCCAGGAGCUGAUCCAUUACCAGAUGUUAUGAAAUUAGGAGACUCUAAAGGAUUCACAGGAGCCAAAUUCAGAAAUCUAUCUCUAGGAUAAGGUAGUGAAUAAGAAGCAUCUCAAUUUGUCGAAGCUGCAUCACAAAGAGGACAUUGGUUGAUGUUAGCCAAUUGUCAUUUAUUGACAGGGUGGCUUAAGAGUUAUUUAGAAAAGACUUUGGAAUUGAUGCAGAAACCACACAAAGACUUUAGAUUGUGGUUGACAACUUAACCUACAGACAGAUUCCCAUUGGGUAUCUUAUAAAAGUCGCUGAAAGUAGUCACAGAACCACCUGAUGGUUUGAAAUUGAACAUGAAAGCUAUCAUGAGCAAGAUAGAUGAAAACUCAUUGAACUCUUGUCCUCAUGUAGCCUACAAAACUUUGGUGUAUGUGGUCUCUUUCUUCCAUUCAAUCAUUUUGGACAGAAGAAAGUAUGGCAAAAUUGGAUGGAAUGUCAGUUAUGAUUUCAACGAAUCAGAUUUCAACAUUAGUAGCAGUCUAUUAUCCAUGUAUUUGAAGAAGGCAUAUGAUGCUAAAGAUGAGACAAUCCCUUGGAAUUCCCUUAAGUAUCUUAUCGGAGAAGCCAUGUAUGGAGGUAGAGUGACAGAUUCCUACGAUAGAAGAGUGUUGAUCACAUACUUGGAUGAAUACAUGGGAGAUUUCCUCUUUGAUAAGAACAGAGAGUUCCUCUUUGCAUAAAGUGAGGACUUCAAAUAUGAAAUACCUAAAGUACUCAACCAUGAAGGAUUUUAGACAAUGAUUGAUCAUCUACCUUUGAUCAACUCUCCUGUAGUCUUUGGUUUACAUCCAAAUGCAGAAAUCACUUACUUCACCAAUAGUGCAAAGUCCAUUUGGGAUAAUCUUUUGUAAUUAAGAGCAUCUGGAGGGGCAGUUUCAGGAGGCAUUGACAAAGAUAAGUAUGUUAAUGAUGUGAGUGAAGAUGUUUUAUCUAAAUUGCCUGUCAUCUGGGAUGUAAUAGCUUUAAGAAAAGAAGCAGGAGAAAUCAUCUCCCCAACUUAAGUUGUCUUGUUCUAAGAACUUGAAAGAUUCAACAAACUAAUCAUCAAAAUCAAUGAGUCAUUAUUUAAUCUCAAGAGAGCCUUGAAGGGAGAAAUUGGUAUGAGUAAUGACCUAGAUGAAUUGUCUCUAGCUCUGUUCAAUGGGUUCUUACCAGGAAUGUGGAGAAGACUUGCACCACAAACUGAAAAGAAGCUAGGAUCUUGGAUGAAUCAUUUCAAGAGAAGAGUUUAAUAAUAUUCAUACUGGGCAAGCAAGGAAGAACCUUAUGUUAUGUGGUUGUCUGGUCUUCAUAUUCCAGAAAGUUAUCUCACUGCUUUGAUUCAAACUACUUGCAGAGCUAAAACUUGGGCUCUCGAUAAAAGUAGGUUGUACACUUAAGUCACCAAAAAAUUCAAGGCCAAAGAUAUCACUUAAAGAAUGGAAUUCGGAUGCUAUAUUGAGGGUCUUUAUUUGGAAGGAGCAAGAUGGGAUGUUGAAAACAAUUGUCUUAAAAAAUAAAAUCCCAAAGAAUUGAUUUAUGAGAUGCCUCUUAUUCAAGUAAUCCCUGUUGAAGCUAACAAACUUAAGUUGAAAGGUAAUUUUAUUAAAUUUAUGUUUUCUAGACACUUUAGCUACACCAGUAUAUGUUACAUAAUCAAGACGUAAUGCUAUGGGAGUCGGUCUCGUUUUCGAAGCUGACCUAAGAACUCAAGAACAUAUUAGUCAUUGGAUUCUUUAAGGAGUAGCCAUGACAUUAAAUGUUGAUUAUUGAAGUUACAUAUAUCAC